AUGGAAGGUGACAUGUAUGAAAAUCUGUUAGAAGUCGACGAAGGCAAAACCGAGUCUUUGUCAUCUGCGUGGGAUAAGAUAUGGAGUGAGACCAAGCAAAUGUGGAUUGUUGCUGGUCCAGCUAUCUUAGUACCCUUUUCAACAUUUGGAAUAAUUGUAAUCAGCCAAGCUUUUAUUGGCCAAAUAGAUUCCACAGAGCUUGCUGCUUAUUCCCUCGUCUACACCGUCAUCUUCAGAUUUGUCCUUGGCCUGCAGUUUGGCAUGGUUACCGGGGUGGGGACGCUGUGUGGGCAAGCGUUUGGCGCCAAACUGUAUCAUAAGCUAGGCGUAUAUCUCCAGCAGUCGUGCAUUAUAUCGCUAGGUGUCACAGCCCUGAUGACACCGCUGUUCGUAUUUGCUGCUCCAAUUCUGAAGGCAUUAGGCCAGGAUCAUAACAUUGCAGAUAUGGCAGGAAAGUAUUCUCCUUGGUUCGUGGCUGUUGCGUUUUUAUACGCUGUGAUGUACAGCUGCAACGCGUUCCUUCAGUCGCAGAGCAAGAACUUUGUUGUCUCGUUCUAUGCAGUGCUAUCGCUGGUAGUGCACGUCUUCCUCUCUUGGCUUCUGUCUGUGAAGUUGAGGUACGGUGUUAUUGGUGUUAUGGUGUCUACUGUUAUGGCGUUUCUUAUUCCGAAUAUAGGCCAGAUUGUGUACAUCAUGCGCGGGGGUUGCCAAGAAACGUGGAGAGGCUUCACAGCCUCAGCGUUCAAGGAUCUUGGACGGACAACCAGGCUUGCGAUAUCAUCUGGUGUGAUGAUCUGCCUUGAAUUCUGUUACAGCACGAUACUAAUUCCUCUGACCGGAAACAUGGGAAAUGCAGAGGUCACAAUUGAUGCUCUUUCUAUCUGCCUUAACAUCAGCGGAUGGGCUAUGAUGAUAUCGGUCGGUUUUAUGGCAUCAACAAGUGUACGUGUCUCGAACGAGCUGGGAAGGAGGGAUGGUAAGGCGGCAAAGUUGUCGAUUAUGGUGGCAGUUGGGACAUCAUUCUCCAUUGGAUUGGUGGUGUGUGUAUUUUUCGUGGUGUUUAGGGAGAAUGCGGCUUACUUGUUCACCAACAAUGAGGAAGUGGCCAAGGCCGUUGCUCGUCUGUCUCCACUCCUGGUGCUUUUACUGCUCUUGAACAGCGUUCAGCCGGUUCUAUCAGGUUUUGCUAAUGGAACAGGGCAGCAAGGCAUAGUGGCGUAUGUGAAUUUAGCUUCAUAUUACUUGAUUGGAUUACCUUUAGGAAUCCUUCUUGGUUAUGUCUUCAACCUGGAAGUUGAGGGCGUGUGGAUAGGGAUCAUAAGUGGAACGGCUGUUCAAACUGCGAUACUUGUUUUGAUGACUUGCAUGGCCGACUGGAAUAAACAGAUUUCACUAGCUCAGAAACGGAUCAGCCCUCCUUCUGCGGAAGACGAGACUACACACCAUUCCACCAAUCCACACUAACGGAUAACUAUAUCAAAUUGAAUUUUUAAUAAGAACAUUUAUUUCGUUUAAAUUAAAUUGAAUGUUUGUGUAAAUAUCUAUUUAAAUUAUGUUGAGUAAACUUCACGAUCUCCCGAAUUUACCGGAUCUUGCCCAAAACCAUGUAAAUUUGUAUUACUCCGUAUACUAUUUCGAGUAGAUGCAAAUGGAUAGUUUUAUGUUUU